GGAUUUUGAACGUACAAACAAACUUUUUUGAAUCAUGACUACAUGAUGACAAUUGAUAGUGUCUGUAAUCCAGGUGAAGUUAAGGUCUCUGGCAUUGGAGAAAUAACCUCAGAGCCUGACUGUUGCAAAGUAGAGAUUUUAGUGUGCUCUAAAAAAACUACAUGCACUGCGGCUGAAGAGAGCGCGAGAAAGAGAGCAGAAUACGCUAGACAAGAAAUUUAUAACCGUCUUAAAAAGGUAAAUGUCGUUGAGCACUUUGAUGUGGUCACGGGAGACAGUGGUGUGAACGCUGUGUACAAGUUUGAGAUAACGACAUGUGAAAUAUCUGGAAUAAAAAGUCUUUUAGGAUAUCUUAAGGCCAAGUUACCGGCAUAUAUAAAACUGGGAAGUGUUGAAUACUUUUACACAAAGAAAAAAAUGUUCGAGUUGCGGAAAGAAGCUAUUGCACAAGCCGUUUCAGAUGCUAAACAUAAAGCUGAACUAAUAGCAUCAGCAUUUGGACAAAGAAUUCAAGGUUUGAUUAAUGUUAUUGAGAAUGAAUGUGAUUCUAAUGAUGAAAAGCUUCAAAUAACUACACCAAGAUCAAAUAGCUUCAAUAAUCACUGCCAACAAAAGCAGUUGACCAAUAACAACAAUAGCAAUAAUAAUGGAGCUAUUAUAAAUAUCGGUCAGUCAUGUGAGCAAACAUUCGAUUGGAAUGAGUCACUGCGUAAUGCUCAAAGGCAUAUACGUAUCAAAUUACAUGUUAUCUGUGCUUUAAGCAAUUUUAAUAACUGAAAAGAUUCACAGAUCUGAUACUUCCUAAAUAGACAUUCAUGUAUUAUUUAUGCUUUAGGAUUUUACAACAAUUACUUUAUCAUCAUUUGAGUCUCAGAUUUAUCUUAAUGUGAAAAUAUCUAUCCCAUGUUUGAUAAUUUAUUCCGAAUAAUCAAUUUGUCAAUGUAAUUUACCUUCAUGUUGUUUUUAUUUAAAUUUAUGUGUUUAAAGAAUUAUGACAUAGUAAC